CCUGGGGUGGGGCUCCCACGCCUGACCCCACCCAGCCUGCCUAUAUGCCCAGGCUGUGCCCCAGGCUGCUCUGUCACCCAGCAGGGGCGGAGAGCCGAUGGCACUGCAGUUUGAAGCCUUCUGCGCAGGGGGCCUGGCCCCCGGCUGGAGCCUGCUCGUCCAGGGACAGUCGGACUCUGGGGAGGACAGGUUUGAGGUCAACUUCCUGUGCGAGGGCGGCGACAUCGCCUUCCAUGUCAAACCCCGCUUCUCCAGCGCCACCGUGGUGGGCAACGCCUUCCAGGGCGGCCACUGGGGCCAGGAGGAGGUGUCCAGCGUCGUCCCACUGGCCCUGGGGCAGCCCUUCGAGAUGGAGGUGAGCUCGGACGAGGAGCACUUCCACGUGUUCGUGCAGGAGCACAAGGUGCUGCAGUUCCCGCACCGCCAGAGGCCGCUGGCCGCCAUCACCAGGGUGCGGGUGCUGAGUGACCACCGCCUGGCCCAGGUGGAGCUGGCCAGGAGGGGCCUGAGCUGGGGGUACGUGACCGGCCCAGGCCCUCUUAGCCGGGGAAGGGUCCACUGCGUGGCGGGCCCGUGGCUGCCCUGCCCUGCUCCCAGCAGGCCUCACGCUUCGGGCCACGGGAGCAGGGCCACGCCCACCCCCCACCCCUCCAGCCCUGCUCCGCCAGACUCACCCCCAGGUCUGUGGCUGGCGGGGGCGGGGCUGAGGCGCGUGCCUUCGGUGCUUACAGGGACGGGGGCUACUGAGCUGCCGGUGGUCCGGGAGGGAGCGUCCAGGGCGCCUGGAGUCCACCUGCCGGCUCCCCCUCAAUAAAAUCUAAGCACGCUG